AUGUCAUCAUCGCAUUCGGCAUCAAAUUUAUUUGGUUCCAGCAAUCCAACAUCUACUAGAAGCGGGUUAAAUAUGGAAAGUAAAGAGGGACAUGGUAAUGGUCCCUCUUCCAGUGAAAUGAUUCCAAAAGAGGUUGCACAAGUGGGUGAAAGAUAUAAUUUUAAUUUUCAAUCUGGUAAAGAAUGGCAAAAAGAUCUUGUAAAAUUAAAAGAAAUUUUAAAAGAAAAAGUUAAAAAACAACUUAGAAUAAAACAAGGUUAUGCUGAGAUGUUAAAAGUAACCAAAGAAAAAAUGAAAGGUUCUUUACAAAAAUCAAUGACUGAGUUAAGUGAUAUUAUUUCUGAGUUAAUGGAAGAUUUACAAAUAUUAGAAGUUUAUCAAAUUGGUGGUUCUGAAAGAGAAAGUAUAGAUUCAAAUGAUUUGUUACUAGAUGGUUCUAUAGCCCAUCAUGUUGAUGGAGAUAGUCAGAGUACAACUAAUAAUGCUUCAAGAUUAUUUAUUCUUAAAAAUGAAUUAUCUAAAGAAAUAAAAAUUAGGGAUGGUUUUGAACGUUUUAUGAAUUCACAAUUUCAAAGAAAUUCAGGUAAUACACAACUUAAAAGUAGUACCUCAGGACAGGAAGCUUCUAAGGUACAGUCAUUGUAUGAAGAUACUCGUGCCAAAAUAUCAUACCUUAGAAUGCAAAUUGAAAAAAUAGAAAGACAAGAACUUCAAAAAACAAUUAACAUAUCUAAUACAAAACAUAACAGGUAUGAAUUAAUGGUUGAAGAUUUAAUGUAUAAGUUACAUCGCGAAAUGGCAUUCUCCUCCGGUGCUGCUAAUAUGUUAAAAUUAAUGUGUAAAAAUAGAAAUAUUCAUAAUAAGGAGAAAGGCUCUAAUUUAUUUGAAAAUGGUAGUUCUAAACAAUUACAAGAUGCUUUUGAAAAUUAUGUACAGGCUGAAGAAAAGAUUAACCUUAUAAGGCUUUCUUUAAUUAAAUAUUGUAAUGAACUUCCUGAAGACUCCCCAAAUAGGUCUUUGUUAAAAGACAUUGAAACAUCCAUAUCUUGUGAAGCAAAAAGAAAUUGUAGUUCUAUGGGAAGUCCUUUGACACAUAAACAAUUGAGUAAUUCUUUUGAAAGAAAUCGUUCAACUACUUCUAGACGCUCAUCAUCCUCUUCAAAGAUGUCUUUUAGUGCUCAACCUUCUGGUUUACCAAAACUUGCCGUAUCAGGUAAACUAGAAGUUCGUAUAAUUGGAUGUCAAGAUGUUAUAAAAGAAAUUCCUGGACAACGUCUUCGUACUGAUCUAGCUCAUGAUACAGCAAAUGGUAAUACAAUGGUACUAACAGAAAUUUUAAGUAAGAAAGGAAGUAAAAAAUUACAAAAACAUCAUUCACAUGGGCAAUUAUCACUAAAUCAGGAAUCAUCGGAUGCCUUUGCACGCCUCCGUUUAGAUAAUCAUAUUGUUGGUGAAACAGAAAUAAAACCAAUUUCAUUACAAGCCUGGAAUAAUUCUAGAUUUACUUUAGAUUUAGACCGUGCCAAAGAAUUAGAAAUAGAAAUAUGUUACAAAGAUUUUCGUUCAAUGUGUGCUUUUACAGUUAUAAAAUUGGGUGAUUUAAUAGAUGAAAAAGAUACAUCUGGUUUAAUGCUUCCUUUGGAACCACAAGGGAAUGUAUUUGUUGAAUUUAAAUAUUUCAAUCCAGUAGUUUCAAGGAAACCAAAUUUAAUGAGACAAAAAAGAGUUAUGAGAAAAAGAGAUGUUUUUCCAGGAAAAGAUGUUUUAAAUAAAAAUUGGGGAAGGCAAAAUACAGCAUAUCCUGGUAUGAAUGUUCUCCCCACAACAAGAUUAUCAGCUAAUCUUAAAGACAGGGAUGAUGCUGCAUAUAGGACAAAAAAAUUAUCACUUGAUACAGAUAAACGUUUAGAAGAUGUUAAUAGAGGUAUUAGUGAUAUUAUGGUAAAUAAAAAAUGUUCAAAUACAGUUAGUCAAAGUGUAUAUAAUGAUAAAACAAUAAUAUCAGGAAAUGCUAAAGGAUUUAACUUUGCAGGUAUUGAUCCAACAAAAACAGUAGUAUUUUCAGCAAGUAACAUAUCAACAGGAGGGGCUACAUCAUUUCAUGGGAGAAGGCAAAGUAGUCCAAAUGUACAACAAAAUAAAAAUAUAGUGUCAGAAAUUAAAGAGGGAAAUUAUGAAAUUCCAAAAUUAAAAGAAAGUAAUAAUCUUUCUACACUACAUAAACAUGGAAUAGAAGGAAUUCAAAAAUCUCAAAAAAGUAGUUCUUUAACUUUGGCAAAUUUUAGAUUAAUUUCUGUUCUUGGUAGAGGUCAUUUUGGUAAAGUUAUUCUCUCACAACACAAAAAUACAUCUAAAUAUUUUGCUUUAAAAAUUUUAAAAAAAGGUGAUAUUUUGGCUAGAGAUGAGGUUGAAUCAUUGAAUACAGAAAAAAGAAUAUUUGAGAUAGCUUCUAAAACAAAACAUCCAUUCCUUGUUAAUUUAUAUGGUUGUUUUCAAACAAAGGAACAUGUCUUUUUUGUAAUGGAAUAUUCAAUGGGUGGUGACUUGAUGAGACAUAUUCAUGAUGAUAUUUUUAGUGAAGAAAGGGCUUGCUUUUAUGCUAGUUGUGUUUUGUUGGGACUUGAAUUUUUACACGGGAAUAACAUUAUUUACAGGGAUCUUAAACUUGAUAAUUUACUGUUAGAUGCUCAAGGAUAUGUAAAGUUAGCAGAUUUUGGUUUAUGUAAAGAAGGAAUGGGACCAAAUGAUACAACAUCAACAUUCUGUGGUACACCAGAGUUUUUGGCACCAGAAGUUUUAGUUGAAACAUGUUAUACACGUGCAAUAGAUUGGUGGGGACUUGGUGUAUUAAUAUUUGAAAUGUUGGUUGGAGAACCACCAUUCUCUGGUGAUGAUGAAGAAGAAAUAUUUGACUCAAUAGUUAAUGAUGAUGUUAGAUAUCCUAGAUUUUUAUCAAUUGAAGCUAUUAGUAUUAUGAGAAGGUUAAUGAGAAAAAAUCCUGAAAGAAGACUUGGUGGUGGGGAGAAGGAUGCUAAAGAAGUUAAGGAACAAAGAUUCUUUAGUCAUAUAAAUUGGGAGUGGGAUAAAUUGCUAAGAAAAGAAAUCAAACCUAAAUUUGUUCCUAAAAUUAAAGGCUAUGAAGAUGUAUCAAAUUUUGAUGAAGAAUUUACAAAAGAACUUCCAACAUUCUCUCCAGCUAAGGAUAAGAGAGUAAUUACAGAAGCGGAUCAAACAAUGUUUAAAGAUUUUGAUUUUUCAACACUCUAA